UUGCUGACAGGACAGGAUACACUUUUGUGUUUCCUCCUUUCUCCUUCCUCAUACAGUAACUCCUACAUCUAAUGAGAUGAAAUGGCUCAGACUGUGGAUGGAGACAAGCUUCCCCUCUCGAGAGAGGACCCUGACACGACUGUUCGCAGCCGGUUGGAGUCUUGUUUGAAUCAACCAAUGGAUUCAAGCAGUGUCCAUGAAGUCGUCACAUAUGUGCCCUCAGCGCUGCCAGCCAAACAUUACGAUGCCGAUACCACCGAACCACUCAGCUGGGGUCUUCAAACGUUGGCGGAGCUGUUGUCAUGGAAACGGAGCGAGGCAAACCUUUUUAAUGUGGCGGUCAUCCCUCUGGCACCUCGGGAGCCUCCUUUGGCCACGUGUCCACGUCGGACCUUGGUGUCUCAUGACAUGAUGGGCGGCUACUUAGAUGACCGCUUUGCCCAGGGGACAAAUGCAGAGGCUCCAUAUGCCUUCUACCACUGGCAGUACAUUGAUAUUUUCAACUACUUCACACACAACAUGGUGACUAUUCCUCCUGCUGUGUGGACCAACGCUGCACAUAAACAUGGAGUCGUUGUUCUUGGGACUUUUAUCACAGAGUGGACUGAUGGAGCCGCAGUGUGCGAGUCCUUCCUGAAAGACGAGGAGUCGUACCGGGCAGUGGCUGAUAAACUAGUCCAGAUCAGCCACUGUUACGGCUUUGACGGCUGGCUCAUUAACAUCGAGAACUCCCUCAGUGAGGUUGCGGUGAAGAACACUCCUUUGUUCCUGCGCUAUCUGACAGAGCAGCUGCACGAGCGAGUGUCCGGCAGCCUGCUGCUGUGGUACGACAGUGUCAUCCAAAACGGAGUGCUAACAUGGCAAAAUGAACUGAACCAGUCCAACAGGGUGUUUUUCGAUGCUUGCGAUGGUAUCUUCACCAACUACAACUGGACAGAGCAGAACCUGGAGUGGAUGAACGGCUACAGUGGGCUCCAAGGCCGCCAGGCCGACGUCUACAUCGGGGUUGACGUGUUCGCCCGAGGCAAGGUGGUGGGAGGAAUGUUGGAAACAAAUAAGGCACUGGAAAUCAUUCGAAAGCACAACUUCUCUGCAGCCAUCUUUGCUCCAGGCUGGGUGUACGAGUCUUACAAUGAGAAGACCCAAUUCCGCAAGAAUCAGGACAGGUUCUGGGCUCUUCUGUCAGACUACCUGUACAUCCAUCGGCCAACCUCACCGCUCCCCUUCAUCUCCUCAUUCUGCCAGGGCUUUGGGAAGGCCAUCUACUGGAGAGGACAGCGGGAGGCCAACAGGAGCUGGUUUAACCUCACUGCCCAGGAGAUCCAGCCCUUGUACUACCAUACGCAGCUGGAGGGCCAGGGAUGGCUGAGCAGCCGCGGCUGCCCCGAGGACGCGUGGAAUGGAGGCUGCUCACUGCUGCUGGAGGGACUCAUCCCCGCCACACACACGACUCCACUUUGUGCCAAGAUCUUCUCCCUCCAUGUACCCCUGGGAUCUAAGACUCUGUUGAUCCUCAUCUCCAAGCCAUCGACUGGGAUCAAAGUUUCCCUGGAGCUGAAGACGACGGACGCCAGGCUUUGCACACACGUGCACGUCCAGGAUGUCAAACUUCACAGUACGUCUCCUGCCGUACUGGAUGAGGAGCUCCAGCUGGUGAGCCAGUUCUCUCAGCUGUGUGGCAACUUGAGUCCAGAUGGUUGGACGAUCGGAUGUUCACAGUUGGAGCUCCGUGGCUGUGCUCUUCGAGAAGUUGGUUUGAUCAUCCAGAGGGAUGGAGAGCCGCAGGAGACGCCUUUCAGCUGCAGAGUGGGAGAAAUCAUGCUUUUGGAUGGAGCCAGUCUGCAGGUUCCCCCCGAGCUCGUUCAGGGCUUGUGUGUUUAUGACGUGGUUUGGCUGCGUGGUGCUGUUACCUCUCCAGGGUCCACCUCUACCUGCCUGCACCUCAACGCCACUCUGCGCUGGAACUACCCGAUCAAGCUUGUGCGCCACUUCAGGGUGUACUGGCGACGGCUGAGAGGACCUGAUCCCCGAAUCCCCCCAGGUCAGUUGGUUCUGGUGGGCCGGGCAUAUUCUAAUCUUUUCAGAGUGACGGAGCUGGCAGUGGUGGAAGCACCCGGCCUGCUGGAGCUGGUGGUGGAGCCGGUGAUCAAGAAGGGCUUCCCACUCCCAGAGACCCACUGGGGAAGAAGAAGCCUCAGCUACUCAGAGGACUUAACACAAUGACUUUACAUCACUGUAUAUGUAUGUAUGUAUAUAUCUAUCUAUCUAUCUAUCUAUCUAUCUAUCUAUCUAUCUAUCUAUCUAGAUAUAUAGAUAUAUAGAUAUAUAGAUAUAUAGAUAUAGAUAUAGAUAUAGAUAUAUAUAUAUGGAUAUAGAUAUAUAGAUAUAUCUAUAUAUGGAUAUAGAUAUAUCUAUAUAUGGAUAUAGAUCAUGAAAUCAUAAAAUCCACUAAGUGUGCAUGUCAACUGCAAAUUCCAUCCAUGUGUGAAGAAAAAAAAAAGCUUUCGAGAAAAGAUCUUAAAGGAACCAGGAAAACAGCCUCACUUUGUUAUCAAGAGUUAAAUGAGAGGAUUGACACACUCAUAGUAAAUAUGAAGCUCCAGCCUGUUGGCUUAGCUUAGCUUAGUUUAGUUUAGCAUUAAGACUGGAAACGGGUGGUAAAAGCUAGCCUGGUUCUGUCUGAAGGUAACAAAAUCCACCUACCAGCUAAAGCUCACUAUCUAGUUGUACAUCGUAUCUCGUUUGUACUAAAAGUGUAAAAAUAACAAGUUUAAGGGUUUGUGUGCUGGACUAUUACAGGAACAUCUGAUGGUUGCCCGGCAACCUCACGGUAAUGACAACACUCUUGGACUCUGUUUUUGUACUAAUUAAACGAAGGAGAUAAAAGGUGUUUUAUCAGUGACCUUUAAAGAUGCUGGUGGUCAGGCUAGCUGCUACAACCUGUUUCCAGUAUUUGUGCUAAGCUAACUGGCUGUAGCUUCUAUAUUUCCUGUUGAGACAUGAGUUGUAUCACUCUUCAUUUAAAUUGUAUCGUAUUUCCCAAAAUAUUGAACUAUUCCUUGCAUCGCUACAUUUUGCUUGUGCUUGAGUACCUAAAGUCUUCUGCGCUGUCAAAGACGCAACUUAAUUGAGGAUGAAAUAUCGAGUUUUAUAUUAUGUAAUUAUGUUGUCAGAUGAAGCAUGUGUCCCGGGCUACCAUGUAGGUAGGCUCAAUCAAAUGCACUCAUAUUACAUCUCAGGUUUCUCAAUGCAAUGGAGUCUUUCCUUGAUAGUCCAUCUUUCAGUCGAUGUAGCAGUUUGCUGUGUCUCUGCUGAUGUAUCAGGAGUCGCAGGUAUUACUUACUAUAUAUAACAAGAUGGACUUCCAAACAUACAAAAUAUUUAAUGUCUUUCUUCUCAUUCUCAUGUGGAUUUGGCUUAUUUUUCAUUAUUCUUAUGCACUAUUAACCUUUUGGAUUCACUGUGCUUUAUAAACUCUAUGCUAGCAAUAUGUAUGCAACACCAAAGAUAUUAAGAGAAGACAGACAAUACAUUUUACAAAGUAGCAUUCUUUAAAGUUCAUGAUCCAUCAUUGGAUCAUUCUGGUGUUACAACAAACUACAACAUGUGAUCAUCAUUCCAAGUGGAUCAUGGUAAAUGAAGUAAUAAAACUUGUGCAAUUUGUUAUUUGUACUUAAGAUCAAUUUGUCUGCUUGUGUUUUAACUUUGAUAUUAAAAAGGUCUGUUGAUCAGUGUGAAGAAACAUUUUAUUGUGAUUUAAAGAAACCAAAAUGUAAUUUUCUUUCUAGAGCCACUUUACAUAUUCUACCUCAUGAUCCUGCCCAGUGUGCUGGAGUGCAGAGCCAACACAACUAAUGUGUUUCUCUCUAAAUGUGUAAAAAGUGCUAAACAUUGCAAUAUGUCGGUGUCGUAUUGCUGUGGAUGCAGCUGGCAUGUCUAUCAGACAAAUCUAAUUCUGUCCUUAGACCCUCGCAUCGCACAAGGAACAACUUCCUAAAAGAAACCCCAUAA